AUGGAAAACCAAUACAAAUGCUACUACCUCAACUGUACCAAAGCCUAUAAGACAAAAUACAAUUUGAGAAGACAUAUUAACGCAAUUCAUUUAAAAAUUCGCAAUUUUGUGUGUUCUAUAUGCUCUAAAACUUUUGCUUGUAAGCAAAACCUCAACGAGCAUGAACUUUUGCACAAUAAGUCAAAGAGACUGUGCAAACAAGAGAGGACAAGAUUUUUUUUAAAAAAAAUAUUUUUUUAUUUUUUUUAUUUUUUUUAUUUAAAAAAUUUAUGCGAUGAGGACUAAACCUCAAUUAAAAAAUACAGAGAAUAAAGGUAUUGCAACUCCAUUUGAACUUUUAUUUAUUCAUGAAGAGUUAUUUAAAAGCAACCCUAAUAUCAAAGUCCCAAGUGGUCCUAUGCCUGUGCUUCCGCCAGUGGAUAAAAACCGUCAAUCUGAGUGGGUACAAACAAGAAUUCCAAUAUUACAUUCAUUACUUAAUAACAACCCUUAA